UGUCCGGAUCUUGCCAUGUGGAUGCACAACACGCACCGAAAUCGUCAACACAAUCGGCUUGAAAUAGACUUUCACCUUGACAAGCCUUCCUCUCUCUGUGCACGGACGUGAAGUGAUUUCUUUCCAUUGCCAACCCGCUCCCAUUCCAUAUUCCGUGCCAAGAUGCCGCCCAAGAAGAAGGAUGUUGUCGAGGAGAAGCCCGUGAUUAUUGGUCGCAUGGGCACCAAUUUGAAGUGCGGUAUUGUGGGCUUGCCCAAUGUGGGCAAAUCCACCUUCUUUAACGUAUUGACCAAGACGCAAAUGGCGGCUGCCGAGAACUUUCCGUUCUGUACCAUCGAUCCCAAUGAGAGUCGUGUUCCAGUUCCCGAUACACGCUUCGAUUUUUUGGUGGAACACCAUAAACCAGCCAGCAAAGUUCCGGCCUUUUUGAACGUGACGGAUAUCGCUGGCUUGGUCAAGGGUGCUUCCGAAGGUCAAGGAUUGGGCAAUGCCUUCCUGUCCCACAUCAAGGCCUGUGAUGCCAUGUUUCAUCUGUGUCGCACCUUUGAGGAUACCGAGAUCACUCACGUUGAGGGUGAGGUGGACCCAGUCCGAGAUUUGGAUAUCAUCAACGAAGAGCUACGACUCAAGGAUGUGGAGGGCUUCAAUAAGGUCUACGAGGAGUUGGAGCGCAAAUACGUCCGAGGCAACGAGAAGAAACUGAAGGCGGAAUUUGACAUCAUGACCAAGAUUAAGACCGUCCUUAUCGAUCAAGGCAAGCACAUACGAUUUGGAGACUGGAAUGGCAGCGAUAUUGAGGUGCUGAAUAAGCAUUUGUUCAUCACGGCCAAACCGAUGAUUUAUCUCGUGAAUCUCUCUCAGAAGGAUUUCAUUCGGAAGAAAAACAAGUGGCUACCCAAGAUCAAGGAGUAUGUGGACAAGAAUGACCCCGGGGCAGUGAUCAUCCCAUUUUCUGGCGCCUUCGAAUCCAAGCUCAUGGAAUUUGGCUCGGACGACGAGCGAAAAGCCUAUUGCGAGGAAGUCAAAUGCGAGACAGCCUUGGAGAAAAUCAUUGUCCAAGGAUACAAGGCCCUCCAGUUGAUGUAUUUCUUCACUGCCGGACCCGAUGAGGUCAAAGCUUGGACCAUUCAGAAAAACACGAAGGCGCCUCAAGCUGCCGGCCGAAUCCACACAGACUUUGAGAAAGGCUUCAUCAUGGCCGAAGUCAUGAAAUUCGACGACUUCAAAGAGGAAGGAUCAGAAUUGGCCUGCAAGGGGGCUGGGAAAUAUCGUCAACAAGGCCGAAAUUACGUCGUGGAGGAUGGCGAUAUCAUCUUCUUCAAGUUCAACGCCGGAGCCGGUUUGACCGCUGCCAAGAAGAAAUAGACCAACCACCACCACAAAUGGCUACUUCAGUUUAUGUACUAUUAAUGUCAUUCGUGUGCUUAGUGAUUGUUCUGAUUGCAAUCCCGCACGAGGGCAAGGAAUAGAUGGAUGACUUGACACGUGAAAAUAAAUGGAGUGGAUAAUGAUUAA